GCCUUGCCUCUCACGACCAAUCGUGAGGAUGGUGUUGUCGGCGAGGGGCCACAGACGCCUCGUUUUCUGUCCCUAACCCAGAUGCCAGGAGCCGAUGGGACCCCACGCACACGGGCGAAGCGCUAAUAAUCCACGCGCCCACCGAAGACACUGUCAGGCCAAGGACGGCGUUAGCAUUACUGAUGGAAUUCCCAGUCGAUGCUAGAUGGAGAAACCGAAAGGGUGGACUCGUUGUAAAUAAUUAAAGAACCCAUCUGCUGCUGAAAUAGAAGGAAAAUGCAUCUGCACCAGGUACUGACGGGAGCGGUGAACCCGGGAGAUUGUUGCUACUCCGUCGGCAGUGUUAAUGACAUUCCCUUCACGGCCUACGGAUCAGGAUGCGAUGUGGUUAUCUUGGCUAGUGACUUUGACUGUGUUCAGAUCAUCCCAGGAGCUCAGAAUGGAAACAUACAGGUGGGCUGUGUGGAGUGCUCCCACCAGCUUGGCAGGAUUGCUGCUUCUUAUGGAAACACAGUCUGCAUCUUCGAACCUCUUUCCAUCAAUCCAAAUAAACGCCACAAGCAACUUAAUUACCAGUGGCAAAAGACAGGACAGUUCUUUCUUGAUGCCAUCACCUACAACCUCGCCUGGGACCCACAAGGGAACCGUAUCCUGGCAGCAACUGAGCGUCUCCAGCUGUGGGCUCCUCCAUUGACAGAUGCCCUAAUAGAAGAGGAGGAUGGACAGAUGAUCGAGGACAAACCCCACCCUGCCCUCAGUGACUGGAACUGUGUCUGGCAGUGCAAGACUGCGGCUUCUAUUCACAUUGCAAAGUGGUCUCCUGAUGGGGAGUACUUUGCAACAGUAGGAAAGGAUGACUGUUUACUUAAGGUGUGGUAUCCCACCACCGCCUGGCGCUCUGCAGUGGUCGUCCAGGAUCCAUCCGAUAAAAAAGCUCCACCUGUUCACUUCUCCUUUGUUUACUUGGCCCAUCCUCGCUCAGUCACUGGAAUGUCUUGGAGGAAGACCAGCAAAUACAUGCCCAAGGGAACAGUGUGCAAUGUUUUGCUCACAUCCUGUGAGGACGGUGUUUGUAGGCUAUGGUCUGAAACCCUUUUACCAGAGGAUAGUCUGCUUGGUGGGCAGAUCACUGAGAACACACACUCUUUCAGCUCCAGCCUCCCAGGCCUGGCUGGGAAUAAGGACAAAAUCCAGCAUGCUUUAGAGUCAAUCCAUCACCUAAAACAGUUGCGGCGUGGCCGGCGGCGGUCCUCUGCUCUGGUGGCACACAGCGAGCUGCUUCCCUCUCAGCUGGGCACACAAGACGCUCACACUCACCGCCACAUUGCUCAUCAUGCCAACGCCUUGUGUCACUUUCAUAUCUCUGCCAGUAUUAACCCAAAUACAGAUAUCCCCUCAGCACUUGCUGACUCCUCAGUAUUCAACCCUGAAGACGGCACUGGUGGUGGAGGCUUUGUGGUUCACUGGCUUAACAACAAGGACCUCAGUUUCACUUCCUCAAUGGACCUUUUUAUGACACAGCUCCGAAAGUUCUCCGAGCAGCACCUUGACCAGACGACUGAGGAACCUCUUGAUCCAGAGGGAUCCCCUAUGAAGUUUGAUUUUGACCUGGAUGAGAUGUCCGACAAAGCCUCCUCAGAGCAGGGAGAAGAGGGUGAUUCAGGGGAACAAGGAAGCACUAAGGCUUCCUCACCUGGAUCCAGCUCCAGCAUGCCUUUACCAUCCAUGCUGCUAGAGAGGAAAAUGGAGACUCUGACCAUAGAGUGGAACAAGAGUCCAGACAUGUUGUUCACAAUACAUCCCACAGAUGGUUCCUUCUUGGUUUGGCAUGUAAAGUACCUGGAUGAAUUCAACCAGGGGAUUUUCAGACAAGUUCAGGUCUCCUUCUCCUCACGCAUCCCAGUAGCAUUUCCCACAGGUGACGCUAACUCCCUUAGUAAAAACAUCUUGAUGUAUGCCUGCACUCUGACUGAGGGUGAGAGUGCUGGGACAGGUGAGCAGGGAAGAAUGGUUCAGCGGAUGUCCCGCUCAGCUUCAAUAUGCACCGGUCUGGGCUCCACCGCCGUCUCCCCCUCACCAAAACUUCGUCCUGGCAUUAGCCCUGCAGUCAUGAUGGUCUCCAAGCAUGUCGAUGGAUCUCUCAACCAGUGGGCAGUGACAUUUGCCGACCGUUCUGGCUUCUCCAACGUCCUGACUGUAUCUCACAAGAUUCGGUACUGCGGUCACCGUUUCCACUUGAAUGACCAGGCGUGCCACACAGUGCUGCCACUCCUGCUCACCUCCUCCCACCACAACGCCUUGCUCACCCCUCCCUCAGCCCCCAGCAGUUUGGAAGGGGAACAGCCCCUGUCCUUUCCUCCACCAAAAGGACUUCCCAGGAAGCAGCUUCGUAAUGCAGCUACAAGGACAUUCCACGACCCAAACGCCAUUUAUAGUGAGCUGAUUUUGUGGAGAGUGGAUCAUAUCGGACCCCUGUCCUGCACUGGAGGGGUGUCUGAACUGGCCCGAAUCAACUCUCUACACACGUCUGCCUUUAGCAAUGUAGCAUGGCUGCCUACGCUGAUACCCAGCACUGUGCUUGGAACCUACUGUAACAGUGCCAGUGCCUGCUUUGUGGCAUCAGAUGGGAAAAACCUGCGUCUCUAUCAAGCUGUUGUGGAUGCCAGGAAACUACUUGAUGAGCUGUCAGACCCUGAAACAUCUAAACUGGUGGGUGAGGUGUUCAACAUCGUCAGUCAGCAGUCCACUGCCAGACCUGGAUGCAUCAUUGAGCUGGAUGUCAUUACAAACCAGUGUGGCUCCAAUACUCAGCUGCUGCAUGUCUUCCAAGAGGAUUUCAUUCUUGGUUACAAACCUCCGAAGGAAUCAGAGGCGUACACACCGGCUUUUUCCACUGGAGAAGAUUACCAACAUGCUCCAUUUUCUGAGAAGUUCUUCUUGGUCGUAAUAGAGAAGGAUCUAAAUGGGAACUCAGUCCUGCAGAUGUGGCACCUGCAUCUCCAGUCUGUGCAGGCCUGUGUCGACGAGCCCAGCCAGCAGUUUAGUUUCCAGAGCCAGCUCAUGGUUCCCAAUCAAGUCAUGAAUGCUGACUCGUCCCCUGAGACCUCUCCAAUCAGACCCCUGCCACGAUCAGCUUCUUCAGCCAACUUGCAAUCAGCCAGCAAACUUAUACUCAAUUCCAAGCUAGUGUACAGCAAGCGCUUAGAUUUACCCCAUGGGGUGGAAGUUACCAGGGCAACACCGUCUGCAGGUCAUCUGAGCUCCUCCUCCAUCUACCCUGUGUGUCUGGCUCCGUACCUGAUUGUUACAACCUGCUCAGAUUCUCAUGUGCGCUUCUGGCGCUGCGCUGUGGAGGGCGACGAAGGCCAUGGCAUGGACAACCGGGUGUAUUGCUGGGAACCCUGGGUACUCAUGAACGAGGAGGAGGACAACAACAGUGCAGUGUCUGUGUCAGGACGGCCGGUGGCUGUUUCCUGCUCCUACAUCGGCAGGCUAGCUGUGGCUUUCAAACAACCACGACAAGGACUGCUUCAUAGCUCUGUGGAAGACUUCUCUAUGCACGUUUCCAUUUAUGAGUGUGAGUCUACUGGCGGCUCUGAGUGGGUUUUAGAGCAAACUGUCCAUCUUGACGACUAUGUCAGACCCUCAACAACGCUGGAUCCUAGAGUCAGUGUGGACUCCAACCUUUUUGUCUACAGCAGGACUGAUUUGUACAUGAGCAGAGACCAUAGCUCGCCCAAUAUUAAGCACUUCAUCCACCUGGACUGGCUAUCUAAGGAGGAUGGGUCCCACAUUCUCACAGUAGGGGUCGGCUCUAACAUCCUAAUGUACGGCCGCAUUUCCGGCAUGGUGAAUGAGCAGACUAGCAGCAAAGAGGGGGUGGCUGUGAUUACCCUCCCACUAGGUGGCAGUAUCAAACAAGGGAUCCGUUCACGCUGGAUUCUGCUUCGAUCCAUUGACCUCCUUUCCUCCGUAGACGGUACACCUUCGCUGCCAGUGUCCUUAUCCUGGGUGAGGGAUGGCAUCCUGGUGGUGGGUAUGGACUGUGAAAUGCAUGUGUACGCACAGUGGCACCAGGACAAGAAGCCUGGUGAAGGAGAAGAGGGCAAUCUGUCAUCUGCAGACAUUGCUGGAGGUCAGACAGCAGUUACCUCCUCUGUCUUUGAAGGGAGAGCCAGGUCCAAGAGUGUUUUUGAAGGGAGCACUGGAGUGGAUGAAGCUCUGCGUGCCCCUGCAGGUCUGCAGGAGGGAGGACUGUUUGAGGCAGCUCACUCUCUCUCUCCCACUCUGCCACAAUACCACCCGACCCAGCUGCUGGAGCUCAUGGACCUGGGCAAAGUACGGCGGGCAAAGGCCAUACUUGCACAUCUCGUAAAGUGUAUAGCUGGAGAAGUUGCUGUGGUCAGGGAUGUGGAGGCAGGUGAAGGCGGAUCCAGGAGGCACCUCUCUCGAACAAUCAGCGUGACCGGAAGCACAGCAAAGGACACCAUAGUGGCAGGCCGAGAUGGAGGAAGGGAUUACACAGAGAUCAACUCCAUUCCUCCUUUGCCCCUCUACGCCUUGAUGUUGGCUGACCUGGACACCUCAUUUAAGGGAGCCGAGGAAAGCGUCAAAACAACAAAGGUUGUUGAUGGUGAUGCAGCUCAGAAAUCCACAGAAGACCAGUAUGCUGAUCUCUUCCAGGUGCCAACAGUUACUACAGACGACUUUGUGAACUUUGCUGCUGAUAAGCCAGAGAGGAAAUCUCGGGUUAUCAACCUUUCUCAGUACGGACCCUCAUAUUUCGGACCAGAGCACGCUCAGGUAUUGUCCAGUCACCUCAUGCAUUCCAGCCUCCCAGGACUGACCCGGCUGGAGCAGAUGUUCUUGGUGGCCUUGGCAGAUACCAUUGCAACAACAAGUGCAGAAGUUACAGGCUCCAAUGAUCAACAGUACACAGGGGGAGAGGCUCUUGAUGAGUGUGGACUGAGGUACCUGCUCGCCAUGCGUCUCCAUACCUGCCUGCUCACUUCUUUGCCUCCACUGUAUCGUAUGCAGCUGCUUCACCAAGGCCUUUCCACUUGCCACUUUGCAUGGGCCUUCCACUCAGAGGCUGAGGAGGAGCUGCUGAACAUGAUUCCUGCCAUGCAGAGAGGCGACCCUCAGUGGUCUGAGCUGAGAGCCGUCGGCGUGGGAUGGUGGAUACGCAACAUCAACACUCUGAGGAAGAUGGUGGAGAAGCUGGGUAAAGCAGCAUUCCAGAGGAACAACGACCCGCUAGAUGCUGCCCUGUUCUACUUGGCCAUGAAGAAAAAAGCUGUUCUCUGGGGUCUCUUCAGGUCUCAGCAUGAGGAGAAGAUGACUCAGUUCUUCAAAAACAACUUCACAGAGGACCGCUGGCGAAAGGCAGCUCUCAAAAACGCUUUCUCCCUGCUGGGAAAGCAGCGCUUUGAACAGUCUGCUGCCUUUUUCCUAUUAGCUGGCUCCCUUAAAGAUGCAAUAGAGGUGUUGAUGGAAAAGAUGGAAGACCUCCAGUUAGCCAUGAUAGUAGCCAGGCUGUAUGAGGCUGACUUUGAAAAUUCGUCCACCUGCCAAGGCCUCCUUUACGAGAAGGUUCUGGGCUGUAACAGAGACGGGAGCGGUUAUCACUGCUCCAGACUGCAUCCAGACCCCUUCCUUCGUAGCAUAGCCUACUGGAUUAUGAAAGAUUACACCCGAGCCCUUGAUACUCUCUUAGAGAGAAACCCCAAAGAAGAUGAGAAUCCGGAUGUGAUGGUGAAAUCUUGCAACCCUGUGGUGUUUAGUUUCUAUAACUACUUAAGGACGCAUCCUUUGAUCAUCCGUCGGCACUUUGCAAGUCCAGAGGCCACAGCCACUACCGUGGGUCUAACUGCUGAGAAAAGCACUGCAGAUGAGAUCAACCUUAUUGAGCGCAAAUUGUUCUUCACUACUGCCAAUGCCCACUUUAAGGUGGGUUGUCCAGUUUUGGCUCUAGAGGUGCUGUCUAAGAUUCCCAAGGUAAAGAAAUCUGGCUCCUCAUCUCUCAGCAAAGCUUCUUCCAAAGCAAACAUUAACGCCAGCCAGCCUUUGGAAAAUGGCACCCAAGGAGCUGUGGACUGGGGCUCCUCUGCAGCGCCGGCUCCGGCCUGGGGAGUAAACGAUAGCGUUGGUAGUCUGGACUGGAGCCAGCCCCUUGUCAAGGUAGAAGAAGAUGACCUGAAGCUCGACUGGGGGGAUGACAAGGACGAUGAAGAAGAUGAAGAUGAAGACGGUUUAACCAUGAAGAAACCAGAGACUGAGGACAAAGGCUCAAAGAGUGAUGACCACAAACAACAAAAAGGAGACUCACAGGGCGAUUCCGAGGUGGAUGUGAUUGCAGAGCAGCUGAAGUUUCGUGCCUGUCUGAAGAUAUUGAUGACUGAGCUGCGAACGCUAGCUACAGGCUUCGAGGUAGAUGGAGGGAAGCUACGUUUUCAGCUCUACAGUUGGUUGGAGAAGGAGAUCGCAGCAAUGCAUACAAUCUGUAACUACAAGGUUGAGAGGAAAGAAGAAGGACCAGAGGUUGAGAGAGAUCGUACAGCAUCUGUGGACAUUUCGGACGAGGCGCUGGAGAAUAUGGAGGCUGGGGCUUAUGAGCGUCACCAGAUGGAGCGACGCCGCCUCCAAGCCAAGCAGCAACAUUCUGAGAGGCGCAAGGCAUGGCUAAGGAAGAACCAGGCACUGCUUAGGGUCUUCCUGUCCUACUGCAGCCUUCAUGGAGCCAAGGGAGGCGGGGUCACCUCUGUUCGCAUGGAGCUCCUCUUCCUUCUCCAAGAGAGUCAGCAGGAGACCACGGUGAAGCAACUGCAGUCUCCUCUGCCUCUGCCUACAACUCUUCCUCUGCUGUCUGCAUGUAUCGCCACCACCAAGACGGUCAUAGCCAAUCCUGUCCUCCACCUCAGCAACCACAUCCACGACAUCCUCUACACCAUCACCAUGUUGGAGGCCCCGCCACAUCCGGACAUCAUUGAUGAUCGGGUUAAUGCGCUUCACACGCUGGCGGCGUCUUUGUCUGCUUGUGUCUACCAAGCCCUGUGUGACAGUCACAGUUACAGCAGUCAGACAGAAGCCAACCAGUUUACAGGAAUGGUGUACCAGGGGCUGUUGCUGAGUGAAAGAAAGAGACUUCGCACAGAAAGCAUUGAGGAACACGUUACUCCAAAUUCUGCGCCUGCACAGUGGCCAGGUGUGUCGUCCCUGAUCUCUCUAUUGACGUCUGCAAGGGAGGAGGACCAACCCAAGCUCAGCGUUCUGCUGUGCGAGGCAGUGGUGGCGGUUUACCUUUCGCUGCUCAUCCACGGCUUGGGCACUCACAACAGCAAUGAACUCUUCCGCCUCGCUGCACAUCCUCUCAACAACCGCAUGUGGGCUGCUGUCUUUGGAGGAGGAGCAAGAGUUAUAAUUAAGCCAAAGCGGCCCGAGCUUCCACCAGUGCCAGCUGAGUUUGAGGCAGCCAAUCCAGAGGAGAAUCAAGAGACAGGAAGACCUGAGCAGAGCCACCUCUCCCCAAACCCUACUCCCUUCCCCUCUGAAACCCAGCACCCCAAACGACACCCUCCUCCUGUUUCAAGGGGAGAGAGGCUGGGCACUGUGGCACCAGCAACUAAGGCCAGCUCGGCCCCCCCUCAGCCCCCUGCAGAGGACGUGGACCGCUACAGGCGCAGAUUCAACAUGAGGAUGCUGGUUCCUGGACGCCCUGUGAAAGAGACCCCCGCCACUCCACCUCCUGUGCCUGCAGAGAGACCCGCCUACAGAGAGAAGUUCAUUCCCCCCGAGCUGAGCAUGUGGGACUAUUUUGUAGCUAAACCUUUCCUUCCACUCUCGGAGAGCAACGCUUUGUGUGAUUCAGACGAAAGUGGCGCUGAGGACGAAGAUGAUGAUGAUGAUGCCUUCCUCUCUGACACACAGAUGACAGAGCAUUCAGAUUUCAACUCCUACAGCUGGGUUUUGAUCCGUCUGGUCAUGGUGAAACUGGCUCAUCACAAUGUGAAGAACUUUAUCCCCCUCACUGGCCUUGACUUCACAGAUCUCCCAGUCACUUCCCCCCUUUGCAACGCUGUACUGAAGACUUUAGAGAACUGGGAGCAACUUUUACUGGAGCAGAUGAACAAGUUUGAUGGUCCGCCUCCCAAUUACAUCAACACAUACCCCUCCGACCUGAGCGCAGGAGCUGGCCCUGCCAUACUGCGACACAAGGCCAUGCUAGAGGCUGACAACACACCGUUCAAGACAAAGAACCAUCAGUCCUUCCCAGUUCGUCGUCUUUGGCAUUUCCUGGUCAAACAGGAAGUUCUACAGGAGACUUUGAUCCGUUAUAUCUUUACCAAGAAAAGGAAGCAGAGCGAGUCUUUAGAGAACCAUGUGGACCGUAUAAACCCAAACUGCAUAGCUGGAGCUAGCAGUCCCUAUAAGGUAGAGGCAGAUCUGGGCUACCCUGGAGGAAAAGCUAAAAUCAUUCACAAGGAAUCUGACAUAAUUAUGGCUUUUGCUAUCAACUGGGCUAACCCCAAUGAGAUCGUCCUGGCGUCCACCCAUGACGUCCAGGAGGUGGACGUCUCUAGUCUGGUGGCUGUCCAGCCCUACACUUGGAUCGGAGAGGACUUUGAUAAGGAAUCUCGAAGCUCUGAUGACAUAGACCAUCGUUCCUCUCACACAAACAUCGCCCAGGCGAGCUCUAUGUCCUUUGCACCACCACCCAUGUCAGUCUCUGCCUCCAUGCCGUGGCUCGGUAGUGGUCAGACCAGCAUGGGAGCAAGCGUGAUUAUGAAAAGAAAUCUAAACAACGUGAAGAGAAUGACAUCACACCCAAUAUAUCAGUAUUACAUGACGGGGGCUCAGGAUGGCAGUGUGAGAAUGUUUGAAUGGAACAGACCGCAGCAGCUCAUUUGCUUCAGACAAGCAGGCAACGCUCGUGUCACCCGGCUCUACUUCAACUCCCAAGGCAAUAAGUGUGGAGUUGCUGAUGGCGAAGGUUUCCUCAGCCUCUGGCAGGUCAAUCAGACAUCGUCCAACCCCAAACCUUACCUGAGUUGGCAGUGCCACUCAAAGACCUGUGGCGAUUUUGCCUUCAUCACAUCCUCCAGCCUGAUUGCAACAGCUGGGCAGUCCAAUGAUAACAGAAACGUUUGCUUGUGGGACACCCUGAUUUCACCUGGCAAUACUAUAGUCCAUGCCUUCCCCUGCCAUGAGAAUGGGGCCACUGUGCUGGAGUAUGCUCAGAAACAGCAGCUGCUUAUCACUGGAGGCAGGAAAGGCUUUGUGUGUGUGUUUGACAUCCGCCAGAGACAGCUGCUGCACACUUUCCAGGCCCAUGACUCAGCCAUCAAGGCCCUGGCCCUUGAUCCCUUUGAGGACUUCUUCGUUACCGGCUCUGCAGAGGGCAACAUCAAGGUCUGGAAGUUAGCAGGCCACGGGCUCAUGCACUCAUUUAGCAAUGAACAUGCUAAGCAGUCAAUCUUCCGCAACAUCGGUGCCGGUGUCAUGAAAGUGGAGACGCGACCGGGAAACCGAAUAUUUACCUGUGGAGCGGACGGCACCUUAAAAAUGAGGGUUCUCCCUGACCGCUACAAUAUCGCCAGCAGCAUUGUUGACGUCCUGUGAUCGCUGCUUCAACGUCUGAGGGUCCAAAGAUGAAAAAAGACAAAAUUAUAGAGGCUUUUCUAUUAGCCUGUAAGAAGUAAAUGAGGAUAGAGUUUGUCACCAGGCUGCCAUGAUUUCAUUGCAGAGUUCAUGGGUUGACUGCUAAGGUUGAUUUAAGUCCGAAUGACAAACGGAGCUGCAAACCUUUUUUUUUUCUUUCGUCCCAAAAGCUGAAAACAAAAGGUAUCAUACUUGAUUUUUAUGCUAGAUUUGUUGUAUUUUAUUGAUGAAUCUCUUCUCAUAGAGUGUGUCCAUAGGGAAGCUAUGCAUGUCCUGUUCUCGUUACGCAGUGCAAUCACAGGUCUAUUGAUAGUGCUCUGUAAAAGUGCUCAAGCAAAAAUUUUAAAAGUGUGUAACUGUCGUCAUUUUGUGCUCACAGAUGAGUUCCUUUAUCAUCUACUGUAACCAGCACUGUGGUUCGUUAUUAAGUCAGUGGUUUCCAGUGUGAUUCAAGUUGUUGAGAUUUUUUGUUUCAAUGGUUUUGCCCUCCCUGCCCCCUCCCCCCUAUGGAAGAGCUGAUGGAGCACUGCUCUUUCCCUUCCGGCGCACUGAUCACUGGCUGCCCAUCGCUCACUGUGGCCUCUCCUGGUUUGAGUCCAACCUGAUCCAAGUGUGUGCUCUCUCUGCUGUGUCUGCCUACCCACCCGCCUGCCUGUCAGAUGCCUGUUAGUGUGACAGCCUUCGCUGCUAGAACAUUCCUCCCACCCCGACCCCGUGACUGUAACUUUAAUGUUUCAUCCGUGUUGUCUAACUCGAAAAACACCCCACCGCCCAGAGCAGAAACACAAAGGUUCACUUCUGUUUUUUUGCACAAAAUAUCAUUUUUUUUUUUUUUUUUUUCGUUUGUUUUAAUUAGAUUGAUUUUAAUAUUUAAAGUAUUUAUAUGUUUGUGUUUGGUUUACUAUUCAUUUGUUUAACUUAUUGCCUUUUAUUUUAGGAUUGCAAGAGCUUUUAUUGUAUGUGAUUGGAAGAUGUGCAACAGUCUACUGUUUGUGAGAGUGUUUACCUCGCCAGCUGUUUUUAGUUCAUCCAUAAGGAAUUGAUAUUUGCACUCAAAUUCUGGAGACGCUAAAAGGUUGUUUCGUAUAUAUAUUAUAAUCAGAGAAGAAACUGUUGUAUACAAAUGAAUGUCUGGCUUUAUUUGCCCUAGUAGUAAAGCGUUUAAGAUAGUUUUACUAUACAAAUGAUAUAAAUAUAUAUAAAUAUAUAUAUAUAUAUAUAUAUGAGGAACCA